AUGACAGCCGACGGGCCCCCAUCUCUUGCGCAGCUGCGAUGCACCGCCCUGCCGCCGCCACAGCAGCAGCCGCAGCAGCAGCUUCAGCAGGCGGAAGGCCCUCCUUCUCAAAGACAGUGGCUGUGUAUGGGCAGAGGCCGUCUUCGUAGAUUGCAUGCCCCCGAGGCAGCCCUGAAGGAGUGCCGAUGGGAGGCAGCGGCAGUAACAGCAGGAGCAUGGAAAGCUGCAGCUACUGCUGCUCUUGCUGUUGCUGCUCCUACAGAUGCUGGCGCCCGCUGGGGACGGCUGAAACACUGCAGCACAGUUUGUGUUGAUUGCGAGGACGCCAUACAAACCCUGCAACAGAUCGUAGGAAGUGGCUGCUGCUGCGCUGACUGCAGUGGCAACACUGGCAGCCGCACUUCUAGCAACAGCAGCAGUGUGUGGGCGUCGCCAUUUAAUUCUCCCAGCCUAGGGCCUCAUACUCCUGGGCGUGAGGCAGUAGCAGCAGCUGUUGCUGCUACUUCUGGUGUUGCUGCGAUGGGACCUCCGCAGGGUGAUGGGCGGCUACCUGAGGCUCCGAGCUCCGCAGCGGUGGAGGUAGCAACAGCGGAAGCACCACCAGCAGCCGCCGCAGUGGCUGCAGGUGUGGUUACAGAGGAGGCAGCAGUAGGGGGGCAAGCCCCGAUACGACAGCAGCAGCGGCAGCAGCAGCCAUGUAGCAACCCGCUGCAGUCUAUGCGCUGCAACCUGCAGCGGCUGGUGCGGGAUGGUGUACCGGCGCAGCUGCUGCUACUGCGAUUUUCAAACGAGCUGGGCACUGAGGCGUUGGUGCCUUCAGUAGCAACAGCAGGGGCAGCAACAGCUGAUGAAUUGAGGUGGUGCAGGGCACCUGCUGGUAAGGGCAGCAGCAGCAGCGACGGCGACCGAAGCACGCUACUGCUGCUGCAGGCCAGACGGUCUUCUUCCGACGAGAGUCAACCAGUUGCGGUGGUGCCUCUAGGUGUGUGUGCAGCGUCAGCAGCAGUUGCAACAGCUACAGCAGCUGAGCACUGUAGCUGCAGCUGCGCGAGCUGCAGCACCAGGCGCGGUUUUUGUAGAUAUGGAGAGUCUGAUAAGAGGGUUGUUAAAUCGAGCAGCAGCAGCGUCGGUGGGAAAAGUAGCAGUAGUAGCAACAACGGCAGCAUCGGAGAUAGUGGCGGCAGCAGCAGCAGCAGCGGCAGCAGCAGCAGCGGCAGCAGCAGCAGCAGCGGCAGUAGCAGCAGCUGCAGCAGCAGCAGCAGCGGCAGUAGCAGCAGCGACAGCGGCAGCAGCGGCGGCAGCAGCAGCUGCGGCUGCUCCUGCGCGGCCUCAUGGGUUGUGGCGAGUCCCUGCGGCACAGUAUUUGUGCGGAUGGACUGCAGCGGCUGCUGCAGGGAGCUGCUGUGUUGUUUGCUGCUGCUGCCAAUUGUAGAAUAUCGCAUGCGCUGCAACGCAGAUCCAGAGGAAGCAGCAGCAGCAAGAGCAGUGGGGGCAGGGCCUGCCGCGGAAUUUAGCUGUACAGAUAACACUUCGGCGGCGGCAAAGUCGAGGAACAUGCUCUCUGCUGCGACGCCCCCAUCAGUAAGUUAUGCUGGUGACACUGCUGCUGAUUUGGUUGCUGCUGAUGCAGUCGCUGCCCUCUGUGCAGCAGGAGUGGCUCCGAGCCUGAAGGUGUUUUUGGGUUUAGUUGUGGGAGCACUACACGAGUAUUUCUACCGAACUGCCCUAAGGGUCGAUUCCACUGGUGUUGGAGCAGCAGCCGUUGCUGCUGCUGGAGUAGCCGCUCAGAUGCACCAGCAGCAACAGUUGCCGCUGCAGGCCCCUGCUGCCGUCCUGGCUGAGGCCAUGGUGGCCUGGAAGUGCCGGCGAAUGCUGGAGAAGGCACAGGAGAGUGCGGAUCCUAAGCAGCAAGGACAGGAGAAGCCAUCAUCAUCAAACAGCAGCAGCAACACCGUGAAAGAGAAAAAGUUGCUUUCCUCUCCCGAGCAGCCGAAAGGGGCUACAACUCAGGCGAUACCUCAGGAGCAGCACAAAAGACAGUCCGGGUCAAGUCCAGGUGCACAGCGGGACUGGCAGUCUGCGCAGCAGCAACAACUGCAGCAGCAGGAGCGGCAGGAGGAAGAAUUGAUGACAAGCAACUUGCAGUCGGGCCGCUCUGAGCGUAGCCACAACAGCAGCCCGAACAGCUUACUGUCGAAGGCAGGGGAAGGUAUUGCAGCAGACGCAGGACCAUCAACAACACGAGCAGGAUCACCCGCUGCAGCAACAGCAACUGGAGCCGUAGCAGAGGGAGCCAUGUGUGCAGCCAGAAGCUGCAGGAGUACGCCUGGGCUGCGGCAGCUGUCUGCAGGAGCGGCGGCGCGUGUUAGGAGGGCUUCCACUGGAGAGUUGCUGCCAAGGAGCAGCAGGCUGCAGCACGAGCAGCAGCAGGAUGGAGCUGGUGUCGAAAUGCCCAUGACAGUGCUGCGGCGACAAGAAGAUAAGCCCAGUGAGCAGCAGCAGAAUGAGGAGCAGCAGGAGCAGCAGCAGCUGGAGGAGCACCAAGAGGGAAGUAGAGAGGGGUCAGGCACAAAGGAAGCGGCCCCUCAUGGGGCGCGAAGGGAUCAGGUGUACGUACAAGCAGCAGGAUACUACUGGCCUCAUCUGCAGUAUACAGCAGGUGAUAGCGCGGUGCAGCAGCGACAGUGGAGGCAUCUGCACUUCUGGCAACAGCAGUUGUGGCAGCAGCAGCCCUGGCAGUAUCCCUACUGGCAGCAGCAGCAGCAAGAGGUGCUGCGCAGGCACCAGUGGCAGCAGCAGCAGCAGCAGCAUCAGGAUUCCGACCAGCAGGGGCCAUUGGGAGCAGCAGCAGCGGCGAGUGCGCCGGAGGCGGGGUAUGAGAGCAGUCAGCACGCAGCGGCAGCCGCCGCAGCAGCUGCUGCUCACCACCAGAUGCAGCAGCACUUUUAUUUGCAACAUUUGCACUAUUACCACCACCAGCAGCAGCUGCGACUGACGGGUCAGCUGCAACGGGGCUCCGAGGACGCAGCAGCAUCUGCUGGUUUUAUGGGGUUUCCUCCUUUCCUCCCAUAUUGGAUGUUUCAUCCCACCUUCGUACACAUGCAAGGGGAGCAGACGUUGAUGCAACAGCAGCAGGAAUACCUGCACACGCAGGGUCAGGAACAAGACCUGCAGCAGCGGCAGCAGCAGCAGCAGCAGCGCACUGGUCGCAGGGGCGCGAAUGCGUUUGGGCACCAACACGACCACAGGGGUAGCCUGGGGCAGCAGCGGCUACGUUUAUCGCCUGAGCGGGGAGCCGAUGCUGCAACAGCAGGAGCCUCCGCUGCAUCUGCCGUUACUGCUUCUGUUUCUGCUGCUACCGCCGCCGCAGGUUCCGAAGGCUUUGCAGCGCGGUCGGGACCAGUAGCUGCCAAGACCGAAUUGAGGAGAGAUGCGGCCGUCUUCACCCCCAGCAGCAGUAGAUACCGCCCAGCUGCAACUACCACGUCGGAGGGGUUGCUAGACUCACCUACAGGCUCACAACAGCAGCAGCACGGUGGCCAGGGGCAAGCAAGGGACGGCACGGAUGUUGAAGACAGUGAGUCUUUCAAGCCACCAAGUAGCCGCAGAUGCAGCAGUGUGGAUAUGCUGCAGAAACAGCAACAGCACCGACACCAGCAGGAUGAACAGCAAGGCAAACCACAGCAGCUACAGCAACAGCCAGAACAGGCGUGCGCAGGGACGGGAGAAUCCGCAGAGAAGUUGAGCAGGGACAUGAAAAAAAUCCGUCCAAACCAGCCAGAGGAGGAGCAGCAAGAGGAGCAAACGAAUCAACAGGGGCACGUCAAUGAACAGCAAGGACACACCAAGAGAACCGGCGAAGAGUGCCAGCAACCGCCGCAGCAGCAGCAGCAAAGUGAAGAACCAUGUGAUAAGGAAAAGAGUGCGGUUCCCCCUCCGCCGCCUUCAGGGGCACAACAGAAUGCGACAAAUCUCCGCCCACAUGAGCAACGAGAGCAGCAGCAGCAACAGGAGGAGGAGGGAGAUGAACAACAACAAUGGUUCGCUGGUUCCUACGCACAGCAACAGCAGCUGCCACACCUCGCCACUGCUGCUCACCUGUACCCGCAGCUGUUCCAUCCCCGCGUGCUGAUGCAGUUACAUCAACAAGCGGCAGCAGCAGCCGCAGUAGCAGCAGAUCCUCAGAACCCGUUUGGGUAUGUCCCCGGGAUGCUGCCUUCCCCAGCCGGGUGGUUGCCGGUUUCGCAGCCUGCUCUUAUGCUAUACCAGCAGCAGUUGCUGCAGUUGCAGCAACAAGCUGCUGCUGCUGCUGCAGAGCAGCAAAGUCUACAAUACCCCUUGGCGGGUGACGAGAGGCGCAACUCUCAGCACCAGCAACAGGGAAGGUGGCAUCGGGGGAGUGGAGGGAGGCAGAGACAGCAGCAGCAGCAGCAGCAGUGGGGCUCUUCUCCUCCCUUUAUGGUGUGGGUGCCUGGGCUUGGGCUGACGCCUUGGGUCCCGGGUUCCUUUGGGCAUUUGAGGGAGCAGCAGGAGCAGCACCUGCAGCAGCUGCACUUACAGCAGCUGCAGCACUUACAGCAUCCGGGAGGAGCAGAGCAGUGGAACGGAAUGGAUGCUGCAGCAGCUGCGGCAGGGUGGGGCCACAGGGGUGCUAGCACGGCUGCUGGGGAAAGCACUACAGCAGCUGCUGCUGCAGCUGCGGCAGCAGCCUUGGGGUACUCUAGGUGGGAUCGCGGGCGUAACCAUCGGCGCAGCGAGAGAGAGGCAGAGUUCAGGAGUCGCAGCGCGCUACAGCAGCAGCAGCAGCAGCAGCAGCAAAUGUAUGAACAUCAUAUGACAGCUGCUGGAGCUCUGGGCGCGUGGCAACCUCACUUGCUUUACGCGAGUCAGCAGCAGCAGCAGAGCAGAAGAGCGUCAGGGCCUCAUGGGGAGGGGCGGCCUUCCCAGCGUCUGCGGGGCUUACAGGAGCGACCAGGUGGCAGCACCGGUGUGCAGCAGCUUCCUUCCACGUAUCACCGCUACCUCUACCAGCAGCAGCAUCCUGGGGGCUAUAGCUGGCCGUUGCCCUACCUGAACUACGGGGGAACUCGGCGACACACCGACGGGGCAGGGACCUUCCUAGGGGCCUCUUCAGAUGACGGCAGCAGCAGCAGCAGCUGUCUGCCGCGCGGUGCAGCGAACGGCAGCACAGGCAGCGCUGCGGCAGCUGUUCCAAACACUCAGCAGAUGGGGGAAGGCUGUUUGGCGAGAGAGCAUCAACAACGUGAAGGGCAGCAACAACUGGAAGAAGAGCGACAGCCGCCGCCGCAGCGCCUGCAGGGCGGUGCACCUAGCACUUCAUCAAAGAGAAGCAGCCUAGACAGCAGAGAGGCGCCGGCGUCGACAGACCGCGACAGCCGCGUAGGUGUUGUUAUGGAAUCGGGAGGGGGCUCCGGCAGCUGCAACAGCAGCAGUAGGGAGGCCCGGGCUUGCCCAGACCAGGAGCAGCAGCUUCCGCCCCGCCGAGAAGCAGCAGCAACGGCAACAACAGCGGUGACGGCAGCAGCAGUUGCUUCUGCAGCUUCUCGGCCCGCUGCAGGUACGCCAUGCUGCUCGGCAGCAGACGGGGAAGGGGGCCGAGGAUUGCUGCGGAGCCGCUGCUUCAGCCAGCUGGCGACGCAUUGCCAAUUUCCUCUGUCACCUCGAACAGGUGCCCCAAUUUAUUCGCAGACCUCCCCUGCAGCGGCAGCACAGGUAUGUGCUACUGCAGGCGAUUGUACAGCUGCACCAGCUGGUGCUCGAGACCGGACACAGAACAGUGCGCAAGGGCAGAAGAGUAUGCAGGGACGCGAGUCGUGUGCCACUGCUGCAGCAGCUGCUGCAGUUGAAGCAGGGGAAGGUGCAGCAGCGGAGCCGCUCGUUCUGAGUUCUUCAGCAGCAACUGCAGCAACUGCAGCAGCAGUAGCUGCGGCAGCAGCUGCUGACGCCCAGUUGCCGUCUGAGCGGUUCACUGCUCAAGCGAGCAGUAGCGAGGAGGAUGGAGGCAGCGGCCCUUUGCGUGGGUGUUGGAAGGUGCGAUCAGCAGACUCCAGCGGCAGCGCCAGCUCCAGCAGCAGCAGUAGUUGUUUGUCACGGGGUGCAUAUAACUUGAAGUCCUUUCUGGUGGCGACGACUCCGGCGGUUCAAGUAUCUGCACAUACAAGCAGUUCUCCGUGUUACAGCAGCGGCACGAACAGCGGAAACAGCAGCAAUAGCAACAGCAGCAACAGCAACAGCAGCAGCGGCGCGAGCAGCAGCAACAGCAGCGCCAAUAGCAGCAGCAGUAGCGGCGGCGAUUUGGAAUACUCGCGUAUUGAGCAUGAUAGUUGUGAGGGGGAGGCAGCAGAAGCAACAGCACGGGCAGCGGCAGCUUCAUCUGCGGAUUGUGAGCAGGAGAGGAUGAGGGGGAGGGAGGCGUCUCUGAGUUUCCGCCUUAGCGACCUGUGGCUCUCUUUUGAUGACCCGAGUAUCUUCGGCUUGGAAGUUCCUCUCCUAGAUGAAGAGCGGCGGCCCAUCUAUGUGGUGUAUGUGCCCUACUUAUCUGCGCUGCACCUCUUCCCACGCCACAGCGGCAGCAACAGCCUUAGCAGCAGCCGCAGCAGCAGCAGCAGCAGCGGCAAGGGGGCCGCGCCCUCCGAGGGCUACUCCCCCCGGAGCAGCGACACCGUCAGGUUGGGGAGCCCCGAACAGGGGCCACUAAAGGGGCCCCCAAAGGGGGGUCCGGGCUCGAAGGGAGCCCCCCAAGGCGGUUGUUUUCGUUUUAUGGAGGUGCGGCUGCCGUACCAAAGGAGGCCUCUUUCGCAGCAGGUGACGCAGCUGCUGGAGGGCGUCGAAGUCGCGCAGACGCAACAACUGAAGCUGCUGCAUUCCGACUCCAGAGACCUCUCGGAUGAUUCCUGGUGA